AUGUCGCUAACAAACGUGUAUCACUUGCGCCGAGUCGCCGACACUUCAGCGAAGGCAUGCUUGAUCUGCUAUAAACCAUCAACUAGUGUUUUGAUAACUCCAGACAACAAGGACUUUUUCUAUGUGUGCCCCGCACAUCUACAAGAUCGAAACUUCUGCUCACCUAUUAUCGAUGCGGAGGGCGAUGCGGCCCGACUGAAGGAACAGAAAAUGGCUGAGGAGAUUGAGAAAGUCAAAAAGGAAUAUGAAGAAAAACAAAAGCGGAGAAAAGAAAAGAAGGAAUCUAGUAAAGAUGAGCAAGACAAAGAGAAAGAAAAGGACAAGGACAAGGACAAGGGAGACUCAAAGGGAUAUGAUGACCAGAAGAUUGCAAAUGAUGAGAAGGAAAGAGAUGAAAAAAUCAAUUCCAUCAAGAACUCUGGAAACGAAGCAACCCCAGACAACUCACCUCGGAUAUUUGCUCUUCAUAAAACAUUUUAUCAGAUGCGCAUAGAUCGCCUCCGAGGUAUCGAAAUGGCCAAAAGGAAUCAAGAGCGCAUGAAGAAUCCCUCGCUUUUCCCUUCUGUUCCAAAUCGCGAGAUCUAA